CCAAACCUUCAACAUCGAGAGCUUGAAACUUUUUCCAUACAUCGACAUCUCAUACAGCACAAUUCAAUAAUCCUACCUCUUCUCAAAAUGUGCUUCUACGAUGCUAAUGAGAUGGCUUGCCAAUGCUGGAAAUGGGGACACUUUCGACGGCAUUGCCAAAAAGAAUAUCGGACAGGGGAAGUUUGUGGCAUGAAGCUUGUGAUGAAUCGCUACAAACUUGCCGAGAAAUGCAAGAUCUGCACGAAAAUCGAUAAUAAGGAGAGAGCUAUCCGGAAGGAGGAAGAGAGAAUCCGCCGGUGGAAAAAGGAACACGGCCGCACCGCUUCAGUUGCCAAGGCUGAGGAGGAUAUCUGCGGCCUCAGGCGUGAUAUCCAGAGGCUCUUGCACGAUCGUGCUGUGGGGCAGGACAACUUGGAAGACGGCGGGGGUUCGACUCUCGCGAUUCCAAUACAUUCAAGCAGCACAACAAGUGCCGGCCACCCAAUGAUUUCAAUGAACACAAUGAAACGAAUCUCGCCUAGCUUUUUGAUGACUUCUGAAGGCCUGAUCAUCGAAGACCACAGCAUUGCCCCACCGGUAUCUGCAAUUACUGGACCGGAACCCAAAAAGCUAUUUGAUAUAAUCUUUCGAAAUGUUCAUGCCACCACGUUUGACCUAUCGUUAACCGAAGUGGACAACCUUAGCCUCCCCGAAUUCUUUGCAACAUACUCCCGGAAAUCCGGGCUGCCUCUUGCAUCGUUAGAUGGCUUCAGAUUCGAGGCUCUCCUUUCAGGUCACGAUGCCAUCACUGACUUCACAGUGAAAAAGGGUGAAGAUAGCCAAAGCUGGGAAAACACGAAAAAUGAUAUCGCUGGGUUGAUAGCAAUUGCUAGAUUGAAGACGCCAGGAGAGAGCAGAUAUGAAAUCCGGGUUGAUCCUUUGUUCCAUCAGACGAAUCAAUCACUCUUCGAUAUAUUACUUUUCUCAGACAAUCCUCCAAAUACAUCGAACACAACCCUUGACAUGGUAUCAACUGGGACGGGAAAGAUGAAGGAUCUAAAUAGCCAGAUGACUCAGGGGGAUCUAAAAUCAGAUUCCAUCUUUAGAGGCCAUACUGUCAACGAGAUCGAAGCAGUAAUCAGAGCCACGCUGCUACGGUUAUGCUGCCAAGAUGCCCUCAAAAAAAUCGAAGACAGCGAAUUUUAUAUCAAAGAUGAUCAAGAUACAGGCACGCGGAAUGACCAAGAUCAUAUGGCUCACUGCGUAUACAAAAGCACCUUCCAAGUUCACUGGAGCGCCGAGGAGUUUUGGAAUGAUCAGUGCAAGAGCGGAGCAACGAUAUCACUUGAGUCUGUCAUUGUCUUGAUUGGGCGUGCAGUUGACGCUCAAGCCGCAACUGUUGGGGAAUACACGAGGAGUCAUUGGCCAGAAUCAGGCCAAGUACUCUUGGAUGUUCUGCAAAGAUUUCUUGAAGUUGGCGACUCCAAUUCGAGGGAGUUCGACAAGCACUUCUCAGCCAUUACAAGAGUAGUGGGAGUGUCUAAAGCAGCAUCAAGUAUCGCAGUCGAAGUUAUCGGGCCCCUGAAAAUGGUAUCAGAAAUUGGCCAACAAUUGGCUUUCCUUGGCGCAGCUCUUCGUACUUCGGGUACAGGUCAUGUUGGCCGCUCCGAAGCUCUAAUCUCCCCAUUCCACGCAUUUUCGACAAAUUUUCACAUCAAGUUCAGUGUUAACCCCCUCAAAGAGACUGAAAUCAGUUGCUGGCACAACCUCUUUGUAAAUCCAGUUAUUGCUUGCGGUUUUCCAACCUCAAACCGGGCAGAUGAGGUUGGUUUAGAGAUUCCGCUCGAGAUUAUGGCUACUUUAGGUGGCGCCAGUCACGCCGUGGAAUACGAGGGUGGUGUCUUGCUGAAAGGGUUUUCGAGCAUGUUCGUGCCAUUGAAGCGCACUGGCGACUCUAUCCAAUGGCAUUUCAUCCGGAACGAGGAUGAUUCUAGACUUCCGUUUUGGGAAGUGGACGGACGUUGUCCAGGAAGAGCUCUGGUUGAUACAGUUGGCCUGGAAUCGAUCUCCUCAACACGGGCAUUUCUUGGGUGGUGGGAAAAGACAAGCACCCACCUUGGAACUGAAGAUGCUAAAUAUGAGAACAUUGAUUGGAGCGCGACCAAAGAACCAGUAGCAUGUGCAGCCUUUUCGGGAGGGAGUAUCGGAUUCCAGAACUUUAUCACCGGCGAUCUCAAAUUUUCCGUGGGUCCCAAGGAUAGUAAGUUGCACAUCUCCCGAACUGGUCCUUAUCAGAGGAUAGUCAAACAUGCCUCCAAAACUCCGGUUGUUUUGUAUGAUACGGAAGAGAGGAGGGGUUGGCUGGUGCCAUCAUCGGCGGUGAUUGCACAUAUCGCCCAGACGAGACAUUUUCGAGAACGUUUUAGUGUCCAACAGAAGCUCGUUCGUAUGAAUCCCGCGGACCCAGAGCUGGAUACAUAUGAAGCGGCAGAAAGGAUGUUGUUAGAAAAUUCCUCAACAGUUCUAGGUGAAGAUGACGCAGGUAACCCCAACUUCCAUUUCAGAGAUCUGGUAUUGGGCGUCUGGUCCAUACUUGAAUGCUUGAUGGAUAAAGUAGUAAAGGUUGCAUCAUCUGCGGACCGAACACUUCACUGGCCAAUUCGGAAAAACUUGCAUGGUUGGGAGUUCAUGGACAUAGUCGACGAAGUCUCACCUCUCCGGCUCAAAGAAACUCCCAUUAAGAAGACAUGUGGCGGUUGGGUUGACCUUGCAACCGAUAUCAACGCCAUAGUCCUCUUUGCCAGCGGCUUUGGAGAUAUUAUCAAGCCGGCAGAGUGCUCGCUCAAGGGACUUUGCCAUAUGUGGAGAGCGGUGCCGAAAGAGAAGGACUAUCUCACAGUAGGUGCCACCACCAUCAAUAAACUAUUCGAACAGUCUGGAUCUCGCCUAACAAGGAAACAUCUCACAUCCACUCAUCUACAAUGGCACCGAGGCAGAGUAUUAUUCGAGAAGUGCCAUGCGAGCGAUAGCUCUUUCCGCUGUACAUGCGAGAGACUCCAGCAGAUUUUACCCGACUCUGGGCUGACUUUCGGGACUAUGGUUCCUCCUGUAAGACUGGAGGAGGGUGGGGCUAUAAUAUUCGGCCAGGCUACACGUCGACUUCCGCUGCCAGCCGUCACUCAUCUGCAACCGAACACCCGCGCAUUUUACAGCCAAGAAAAUUGCCCAUUGAAUUUACAAACAAACUUCGCAGAGUCACGAGAAUCGAGCUCUCCUAGCGAAAGUGGGAGUUCUUCGUUAGAUAGUUUUAAUUCUGGAACUUCGAUAGAGCUCUCUUCCGAGAGUAUUAAGGUUGGGUCUGGGGAGGGGAAUAGAACGGCAAUAAAGAGACUUGGAGGGGAUGAUGAAAAUAAUAAAUCUAGCAAGUAAAAUGCGUUCGAGGAAAUUUUAAAGACAUAGUUAAAUAGUCGAAAACAGUGUGUCAAAUGAUUAGGUUUGAUUUGAUUAGAC